AUGAAGAUCCGGGCCUACAAGAAAGGGCCCUUUGAUAGAAUGCUAGCAGAGGAUGAUCAGAGGGAUGAGGAGGGUGAGGAAGUUCAACAGCAAAUGCCAGACAGAGUUAAAAAUGAAGACUUGAAAGAAAACUGUGGAAAGUACUGCAGAAAUAAAUCACAGCUCCUUGUGGAGCAAAGAACCCACACAAAGGAGAAACCACUUGAAUGGUCAGAGUGUGGAAAGAGAUUCACUCGCAGUAGCAAUCUUCACCAGCGUCAGCAGACCCACACAGCAGAAAAACCAUUUGACUGCUCAGUGUAUAGAAAGAGAGUCACUCGGAGUGGCACUCUUAAAGUACAGCAAAGAACCCACACAGGGGAGAAACCAUUUGAAUGCUCAGAGUGUGGAAAGAGAUUCAGUCAGAGUGGCCAUCUUCAGCUGCAUCAAAGAACUCACACAGGGGAGAAACCUUUUGAAUGCUCAGAGUGUGGAAAAAGAUUCAGAUACAGUGGCCAACUUAAGGGGCAUCAGAGAACUCACACAGGAGAGAAACCUUUCGAAUGCUCAGUGUGUGGAAAGAGAUUCGGUCAGAGUGGCACUCUUCAACUGCAUCAAAGAAUUCACACAGGGGAGAAACCUUUUGAAUGUUCAGAGUGCGGAAAAAGAUUCAAUCAGAGUAGCCAUCUUCAGCUGCACCAAAGAACCCACACAGGUGAGAAACCUUUUGAAUGCUCAGAGUGUGGAAAGAAAUUCCGUCAGAGUAGCACUCUUCAACUGCACCAAAGAACCCACACAGGGGAGAAACCUUUUGAAUGCUCAGAGUGUGGAAAGAGAUUCAGUCAGAGUAGCCAUCUUCAGCUGCACCAAAGAACCCACACAGGUGAGAAACCUUUUGAAUGCUCAGUUUGUGGAAAGAAAUUCCGCCAGAGUGGGUAUCUUCAAAAUCAUCAGAGAACCCACACAGGGGAGAAACCUUUUGAAUGCUCAGAGUGUGGGAAAAAAUUUAGUCUGAGUGGCGCACUUCAACUGCACCAAAGAACCCACACAGGGGAAAAGCCUUUUGAAUGCUCAGAGUGUGGAAAGAGAUUCAGAUACAGUGGCCAACUUAAGGGGCAUCAGAGAACUCACACAGGAGAGAAACCUUUUGAAUGCUCAGAGUGUGGAAAGAGAUUUAGUCAGAGUAGCACUCUUAAACUGCACCAAAGAACCCACACAGGGGAGAAACCUUUUGAAUGCUCAGAAUGUGGAAAGAGAUUCAGUCAGAGUGGCACUCUUCAACUGCACCAAAGAACCCACACAGGGGAGAAACCUUUUGAAUGCUCAGAGUGUGGAAGGAGAUUCAGUAGGAGUGGGUAUCUUCAAGAGCACCAAAGAACCCACACAGGGGAGAAACCUUUUUAAUGCUC